AAGCGAACUGGUGGCGGAGCGGCGGGUCUAGAGUCUAGACCGCUAGAGUCCUCCGGAAGGUUCGGCCGCCUCGCCGCCAUCAGCCCCUUCCCUUGCGCCCGAAGAAAGAAGCAAACCAAAAUCCCCAAACUAAUCCAGAAAUAAAAGGGGUCCGGUGCCGCGCGGCGACAGAAAGGCGGAGGAAUUUCAAGCAUAGAGUUUGCGUGUGACGGCGAGCUGCGCCUUUGGUUCUGUGGCGGGCGGCCGGCGGUCUCGGAGAUGGGGGCCGGCAUGAGCAGAGGCCGGCGGCGCGGCUUCGGCCUCGAGGCGUCGAGGGGGAUGCUGCCCCUGCUGGCGCUCCAGGUGCUGAUGGAGUACGGCCGCGCGGGCGCCUCACGGCCGCCCGUGACCGCGGCGCUGCUCGCCGCCAACACGCUGAUCUACCUCCGGCCCGGCGCGCUCCACGAGAUCCUGCCCUCGCUUGCUCGAGUCUCCUUCAAUCCGCAACUCAUCAUCGAGUAUGGCGAUUGGGUGCGCUUCUUCCUGUCACCUUUCUACCACUUGAGUGAAAGUCACCUCUUCUACAACAUGACGUCGCUCUUGUGGAAGGGCAUACAGCUUGAAACAUCAAUGGGUAGUGCUGAGUUCGCUUCCAUGGUUGCUGCAUUGCUUGCCAUGUCUCAGGGUAUGACGCUGCUCAUGUCAAAGGGCUUAAUCUUCCUUGGUGAUUAUACUGCAUAUUAUGAUCAAUAUGCUGUUGGAUUCUCUGGUGUGCUGUUCGCCAUGAAGGUCGUGCUGAACGCCUGGUCGGACGAUUUUGUGUAUCUCCACGGAAUGGUUAUUCCAGCGAAAUAUGCUGCCUGGGCUGAGUUAAUCCUCAUCCAGGUUUUCAUUCCUGGGACAUCCUUUCUUGGCCAUCUUGGUGGGAUACUUGCUGGACUGGUUUACCUUUGGCUGAAGCGCUCAUUCAACGGGCCAGAUCCGUUUACACUUCUGGUGACAAGCAUUACCAAGGUCGUGACCUGGCCACUGAAAUUUGCUCAGAAACUUCUGCGAUCUGCCAGUUCACAAGGUCGCAUGACAGGUAGGGGCAGGGUUGGGCGCCGUGCAUCAGCAAGAGAGACCCCUCGAGGGUUAUGGAGUUGCUCAACCUGCACCUAUGACAACUCAAUUGCCACAGACAUCUGUGAGAUGUGCAGCACUGCCCGAGAGGAUCAUUCUUUUUCACAGAGACAGAAUCAUCAAGCUGGGGGUAGUGGUGAGCUCUCGGUUGAUGAGAUACGCCGUAGGAGGCUGCAAAGGUUUGACAGAUGAUUCAAGUCACUGCUACCAGUACUAGGAUUGCGUACUGGCAAUUCUGAUGCUAGAAAGUGUCGUCACAUUUGUUUCUUCCCAUGAUGAGGAGCAGUUUACAUAAUUGAUUUUUUCCUCACCAUUUGAAGGAGGCUGGCUCCAUUCUAUAGGUUCUACAAAGCCUUGAUAGUAUGUAGUUAUUGCCUACUUUUGUAUAAAUUACCUCAGGCGUUGUUGAAAUUAAAGUACUUGAGCAUAUAUUGUCACCUUCUGUUCAUUCAUGGUAGUCAUUUUUUUUAUA